CUCAUCAUCUUGACAGCCUCUGUCGCACAUUUUACUGGGUUGCUAGCUUGGAUCUUACUCCUAUGGAGCACCCUACGAAAGAUGGGAUCCUGUAUAUUCAGCACCCCAAAUUUGGGAAGAAGUCUUGGCGGAAAGUAUGGGUCCAGCUUUUUGCUGACAGUCCUUUUGGUGUUGCCCGUCUUGAGUAUUUUGAAGCACGUGACGGUGUUGCAGCGGGAAAAACAACCCUGAGGAAAGGGGAACGUAAAGUGAUUCGCCUCUCGGACUGUGUCUCUGUGGAAAGAGCUGAAGACCGGAGCUCUCCCAGGGACACGGCACCUUUCUACUUGUGCAUGCUGGAACGCAGUUGGUUGUUCGCAGCAGAUCAACCAAGUGAAUGGAUUGAAUGCAUCUGCCAACUAGCUUUUCAGAGGAGACAGUCCCAGUCCAGUACAGUUGGAAACACCCAAAGCUCUCAACCCCUAAUGGAGGAGAAUUCCAUCUACUCAUCCUGGAAGGAAAUGUGUGAGUUCCCAGUGAGCGUAUUCCCAACAGAGGCUUCUGCAAGAUGUCUGUUGAAAGGGAACUACCUGAUGGUCCUUUUUCCUGAGCAACUGGUCCUGAAGGAUGUGCAGUCUGGACAAAUUCACUAUAGCUGGCCUUAUACCUUCCUCCGAAGAUUUGGCCAGGAAAAGACUGUCUUCUCUUUUGAGGCAGGUCGCCGCUGUGAUUCAGGAGAGGGCCUCUUCACUUUUAAUACUUCACAGGCUGUAGAAAUAUGCAAGGCUGUCUCGGCUGCAAUAGGACAUCAGAAGGCCAUCCUUAUGGAGAACAACAAGAAAGCUGGGAUUUCUCAAGCUCAAGACUCUAUGCAGAAAGCCGGGGUGUGGUCCUGGCCCACUGGCACAGAGAAUUUGGAGGAAAUGCAACCACUUCCAAAGGGGAGCAUGGAAAUUAGCCUCUCUAGCGAAAACCACUCUCUUUCCCCAGAGCUUGAGUCUCCUGAAACACCCAUCAUCUAUGCUUCCAUUGGCAAGAGCUUUCCUCUCAUGUUUCAGCCUUGGGGCAAGACAGAGGUGGAAUCCCAAGAGCAAGGAGCACAGCUCUCAGACCAUCUCUACGAGAACCUGCAGGAUCUGGAACAGCGUCCCUCCGGCUCAGAAUGUCUUGGCUUCAGCUACAGAGACUCCCUUGAGGGCAGCAACAACCAUGACCAAUUACCCAUUUACGAUAGUCCUAAAACACUCAAGCGCUUGAGCGGCCAUCUUAGCUCAAGUCCAAGGGCGGACUCCUCUCCGGACAGACAGUGUCCAUCUCAUCUGCUAGAUGGUCAGGAGACUUCAAGUAGAGGUGAAAGGAGUGGUAGGCCCAAAGCAAGAGGAACUGGUGCGUUCAGACACAAGUUGGUUACCAUGCUUAGUAGAGAAGGAGGUGGUGGUAAAAACAAAAACUCUAAUCAUGUGGACAAGCCUUAAUAAACUCCUCCAGCUGAGAGGCCAAGUCCCAAGGCCUGACUUUCUUCUGAUCUGUAUAUCUUGUGUUUGUCUUGCCUCAAUAGCUACAACAUCCAAGUAGGGAUAAUGCACGGUGAUGGUUUGAAUGGAGAUAAAGUCCUCCAGGCCUGUUCCAUUCUUUGAAGGCUAAGAGGAUAUCUGAUUAUUUUUGUUUUGCAAUACCAUGAUCUCAGGCAAUCAAUAAUAAUAUUUGUCAUCUUAA